AUGGCAACGCAGCUAACUCCUCUCCCAACUGUCCAACGGCUUAGUCCGCGGUGCGUCCGCAUACUUGGGGGAAAUCCUGGUAAAUUCACACUCCAAGGUACGAAUACGUAUUUGCUGGGGUCCGGCACUCGUCGCAUUCUUCUUGAUACCGGGGAAGGCAAACCAGCUUGGAUAGCUUCACUCAAGACAUUUCUGGCGGAGGAAAGAGCAACGGUAGAUUUAGUGCUCAUUUCUCAUUGGCAUCAUGACCACACUGGUGGGAUCGCUGAUCUUCUUUCGGCGGCUCCUGACGCAGCCAUUUAUAAGCAUGACCCAGAACCAGGCCAGAAGAAUAUUUUGGACGGCCAAAAAUUCCAUGUCGAAGGCGUCAGUUUGACCGCCAUCCACACCCCUGGCCAUACCAGAGAUCACAUGGUCUUCACGUUGGCUGAAGAAGACGCCAUGUUUACAGCUGACAAUGUUCUCGGACACGGUACUGCUGUGUUUGAGGAUAUGUCGGACUAUAUGCGCAGUCUGGAUAAAAUGCGACUACUUUUCUCAGGACGGGCAUAUCCAGGACAUGGCCCCGUCGUCGAGGACGGCCCAGGUAGAAUCACUGAGUAUAUUCAACAUCGGAAACAAAGAGUUGACCAAGUUUUGCAAACAAUGCGGGGAAUUGGAAGUACCGAUGCCGCUGGCAAGGUUUGGUCUGCCGCGGAGCUUGUCAGUGUCAUCUACAGUGACGUUCCGGCGGCCCUCCAUCCGGCAGCCAGAAACGGUAUCUUGCAGAUUCUUGAGAAACUAAGUCACGACGGCACGAUUAUCCAGCGGGGGCGAGACCAGUGGCAUUUGAACCUUGAAAAGUCCAUUCUCUAA